AUGGAGGAGACUGCGGUUCGAGGAGAAGAUUCGAUCGGUGAUUUGAUUUCUGUGAUUCCAAUGAAUGAAGAUUUUGUUGGUGAUUCAAUAAGCACUGAUAAAGCAGAGUUAAACAUUGACAUUGCUGGCCCGUCUUCAAGUCCAUGUUCUUUUAUUAGCUUGUGUAUCAUGAAUGUGGUUUCUGGUAGUUUUGAUGAAGACUUGGUUGGUGUUGUAGUAAGCAAUGGUGAUGAAGCUUUUGAGUUAUAUAAUGGAUAUGCAUACAGAGUUAGUUUUAGUGUGAGGAAAGGCCAACAACGUUAUAAGGCAUCUACUAAGUCAAUUCAGAUGAAGAGGUUCUUCUGUGCUAAGGCUGGGUACAAGGAGAAACCAAAUAGUGGUGUUAAGCUUUAUUUAAAAAUUGAUAUAAGGAAUGGUUGUGGUGCACUUGUUCAGUUUGGUGUGGGGGGUGAUGAGAUGUGGACAGUUAUAAAACAUGUGAAAGAGCACAAUCAUGAGUUAUGUUCAUUUGGCAAGAGUCAUCUGCUCCGUUCGCAUAGAAGAGUGGGAAAUAAUCAUCUUGAAUAUUUAAAAGAUAUGAAGAAUAGUGGUGUUGCAUUGGCGGAUGGUAUGAGGUUUUUGAAACGUCAGUCAGGGGGUUCUCCAUUGGUUGGCUUUACCAACCGCGAUGCUUACAAUUUGAUGACUUCUGAGAGUUUGAAGUGUUUGGAUGGAACUGAUUCCAAUUCUUUGAUUGAAAUAUUCAAGAGGAGGCAAUCUAAUGAGGUUGAUUUCUUUUUUGAUUUUGAAGUUGAUUUGGAUGGAAGAUUGUGUAGUUUUUUUUUGGAGAGAUGGUCAAAUGAGAAGGGAUUAUGA